UUAUAUGAUUUUUAUAAUUUUCAACGUUUAUCAACAAACGUCUCUGGUCCAUCUUCUAUAUAUAUAAGUAUUCCACAUUUCUAUUGCCAAAAGUUCCAAGGACAAAAACGAUAAAGUUAUAUUCGUAUCGUUUAUUUGCUUCUCUGAUCAAGUCUUUUUUAUCUUCCAUGAAGAACAACAACGUUAACAAACGUGAAGAGUAUCAAAGGGUGUUUAGUUGCUUUGACAAGAGCCAAGAUGGGAAGGUUUCGUUUUCCACCAUCGAAAGAUGCGUGGAUGCUAUUAAGUACGGGAAAAAGGCAGCACCAGAAGAGACGGCUACGGAACCACAGACUCAUAAAUCGUUGGAACUCGAGGAAUUCGUUAAGCUUGUGGAACAAGGACCAGAGGAAGACAAGGAGAAGGACUUGAUGCAAGCUUUCAACUUGUAUCAAGAGAGUCAAGGCAUCACUCCUAAAAGUUUGAAAAGGAUGCUAAGUUUGUUGGGCGAGUCCAAAAGCCUUCAAGAUUGCGAGGUCAUGAUUUCCCAUUUUGAUACUAAUAGGGAUGGAAUUAUUAACUUCGAUGAGUUUAGGGUCAUGAUGCGAUAAUAUAUAUAUAUAUAUAUAUAUAUAUUUCUGUAGUUACAAAUGUAUCAUUCAUCUAUACUACUAUUCUUCUUUACCAAAGGCUUGUAAGAACUCUCUGAAAUUAAGGUAUUCCCUCUCUCUAUUA